AUGGGCCUCACAGACGUUCUGAGCCGCAAGUCCGGCGUCAUUGUCGGUGACGACGUUCUCCGGCUAUUCGAGUACGCCCGCGAGAAGCAGUUUGCCGUCCCUGCCAUCAACGUCACCUCUUCGUCCACCGUCGUCGCCUCGCUCGAGGCUGCUCGCGAUGCCAAGGCUCCCAUCAUCCUCCAAAUGUCCCAGGGCGGCGCCGCCUACUUUGCCGGCAAGGGCGUCAGCAACACCGACCAGGCCGCCUCCGUCGCCGGCGCCGUGGCUGGUGCCCACUACAUCCGCUCCAUCGCCCCUGCCUACGGUGUGCCCGUCAUCCUUCACACGGACCACUGCGCCAAGAAGCUUCUCCCCUGGCUCGACGGUAUGCUCGACGCCGACGAGGCCUACUUCAAGGCCAACGGCGAGCCCCUCUACAGUUCCCAUAUGAUUGACCUGUCCGAGGAGCCCGUCGACUGGAACAUCCAGACCACCGCAAAGUACCUCAAGCGCGCCGCCCCCAUGAAGCAGUGGCUCGAGAUGGAGAUCGGUAUCACCGGCGGCGAGGAGGAUGGUGUCAACAACGAGGACGUCGACAACAACUCGCUCUACACCCAGCCCGAGGACAUCCUCAACAUCUAUAACACCUUGUCUCCCAUCUCGCCCUACUUCUCUAUUGCCGCCGGCUUCGGCAACGUCCACGGCGUCUACAAGCCCGGCAACGUCCGCCUCCACCCCGAGCUGCUCGGCAAGCAUCAAGCCCACGUCAAGUCGGCCAUUGGCGCCAAGAACGACAAGCCCGUCUUCUUCGUCUUCCACGGCGGCUCCGGCUCCUCCAAGCAGGAGUACCUCGACGCCAUCGGGCACGGCGUGGUCAAGGUUAACAUGGACACUGAUAUGCAGUUCGCCUACAUGAGCGGUAUCCGCGACUACAUGCUCAACAAGAAGGACUACCUCAUGAAGUCUGUGGGCAACCCCGAUGGCGAUGACAAGCCAAACAAGAAGUUCUUCGACCCGCGUGUCUGGGUCCGCGAGGGCGAAAAGACAAUGUCCGCCCGCGUCACCGAGGCUCUCAAGGACUUCAACUGCUCGGGCCACGUUUAA